GCCCUUUCAGAUCAGAUCUUAAAUCUUAUCACUUACAAAACUACUCUACAGAGUUGUUUCUCCCGCCCAAGAAGGGCAGAUGGACUUUGGAGUUAAGAUGCAGGGAGGUGAACCAGUGUCAGCAAUGAAAGUCUCAGAGAGCGAAGGAAGGCUGGAGGGCCUGGCCACCGCGGUGACCCCGAACAAGAACAGCGGCAACAGUGGCUGUGGGGGUGGAAUCAGCAGCAGCAGUAGCAGCCGAGGUGGCAGUGCCAAAGGCUGGCAGUACAGUGACCACAUGGAAAAUGUGUAUGGCUACCUAAUGAAGUACACCAACCUUGUCACUGGGUGGCAGUACAGGUUUUUUGUUCUAAACAAUGAAGCUGGGCUGUUGGAGUAUUUUGUGAAUGAACAGUCCAGAAAUCAAAAACCCAGAGGUACUUUGCAGCUUGCAGGAGCUGUAAUAUCACCCAGUGAUGAGGACUCUCACACCUUCACUGUAAAUGCUGCCAGUGGGGAACAGUAUAAACUCAGAGCCACAGAUGCUAAAGAGCGACAACAUUGGGUUAGCAGACUUCAGAUAUGUACACAACACCACACUGAAGCUAUUGGCAAGAAUAAUCCUCCUCUGAAAUCACGGAGCUUCUCACUUGCAUCUAGUGGUAAUUCUCCUAUAUCCCAGAGGAGACCAAGUCAAAAUACCAUUUCCUUUUUUAAUGUUGGACAUUCCAAACUACAAUCAGUGAGCAAAAGAGCUAACUUACCUCCAGACCAUCUUGUGGAAGUCAGAGAAAUGAUGUCUCAUGCUGAAGGACAACAAAGAGACUUAAUUAGAGGAAUUGAAUGCCUGCCUGCUUCUGGCCAUCUUAGUUCCUUGGACCAGGAUCUCUUAAUGCUCAAGGCUACUUCCAUGGCAACUAUGAACUGCCUAAAUGACUGCUUUCAUAUUCUUCAGUUACAGCAUGCAUCACAUCAGAAGGGCUCAUUGCCUUCAGGAACGACGAUCGAAUGGUUAGAACCAAAGAUACCAUUAUCAAACCACUAUAAAAAUGGAGCUGACCAGCCCUUUGCAACUGAGCAAAGUAAGCCAGUGGCAGUCCCAGAAGAGCAGUGUGUUGCGGAAUCUGGCCUAUUAGCAAGGGAACCUGAAGAAAUAAAUGCAGAUGAUGAGGUGGAGGAUACUUGUGACAACAAGGAGGAUGACCUGGGAGCUGUGGAAGAGCAGCGCAGUGUUAUCCUACAUCUCUUAUCACAGCUCAAGCUGGGCAUGGACUUAACAAGGGUGGUGCUUCCUACAUUUAUCCUAGAGAAGCGAUCCUUGUUGGAAAUGUAUGCAGACUUUAUGUCUCAUCCAGACCUAUUUAUAGCCAUCACUAAUGGAGCUACAGCUGAGGACAGGAUGAUUCGUUUUGUUGAGUACUACCUUACCUCAUUUCACGAAGGCCGUAAGGGAGCCAUUGCUAAGAAACCAUACAAUCCUAUCAUUGGAGAAACGUUUCACUGUUCCUGGAGGAUGCCCAAAAGUGAGGUAGCAUCCAGUGUCAUUAACAGCUCUUCUACCCAGGCCAUCACAAAUCAUGUACCUCCAUCACAGGAGGCUUUGAACCAGAUGGGUUCAGACUGUUAUACGGUCAGAUUUGUUGCCGAGCAGGUUUCCCAUCAUCCUCCAGUCUCAGGAUUUUAUGCCGAAUGUGCAGAAAGGAAAAUGUGUGUAAAUGCACAUGUCUGGACUAAGAGCAAAUUCUUAGGCAUGUCAAUAGGCGUGACAAUGGUUGGGGAAGGUAUCCUCAGUCUACUGGAGCAUGGAGAAGAGUAUACGUUUUCUCUGCCUUGUGCAUAUGCACGGUCAAUUUUAACUGUUCCUUGGGUGGAACUGGGUGGCAAAGUCAAUGUCAACUGUGCAAAAACUGGGUACUCAGCCAGCAUCACUUUUCAUACUAAGCCGUUUUAUGGUGGCAAACUGCACCGGGUUACAGGUGAAGUAAAGCACAACAUCACCAACACUGUUGUAUGCAGAGUACAGGGGGAAUGGAAUAGCGUUCUUGAGUUUGCUUACAGCAGUGGAGAGACAAAAUACAUGGACUUGACUAAGUUGGCAGUGACGAAGAAAAGAGUAAGACCUUUGGAGAAGCAGGAUCCAUUUGAAUCCAGGCGAUUGUGGAAAAAUGUGACAGACUCUCUGAGGGACUCUGAAAUCGAUAAAGCCACAGAGCAUAAACGUACCCUGGAAGAACGCCAGAGAACUGAAGAAAGGCAUCGAACUGAAACAGGCACACCUUGGAAAACCAAAUAUUUUAUUAAAGAGGGAGAUGGCUGGGUUUAUCACAAACCCCUUUGGAAAAUAAUUCCAACAACACAACCAGCAGAGUGACAUAUACUGUCUAAGACUCAACUAAAUGAACUACUCUGUUUACCCUAAACCCUCCCAGUAUGGAGUCAUUGCACUGAGUGACCUGCUUCCUGAUUGCACAGACUGAAACUGAUUACACACGAAUGUACUGACUAGGGCACCAUAGAACUGCAGCACGACCAAAGUGUUGAAGAAGCACGAUGGACUUCUCACCAAGCUGUUCCUGUGAUGUGAGCAAUAUCAUCUGAAAACCUUUCACCUGAAUUAUUAGAUGAUUAAUCUCUUAUCCAGUUUCUGCUCCAGAAGCUAAGUUUGAAUCCCCUGUUUUUGCAUGGGGGCAGCAGAUAAACACAACAAUGAGAACUCAGUGAUUUUAAUUUCUUUAUAGUGAAAAUUGAAGUCUCUUUUAGCGUUUGUGCUUUGCUUUCUGUUAGUAGCUGAAGUAUUUGCUACUCUUACAACAGACCAAGAGGAGGAAGAAGAUGACCCAGAAGUGGCUUCAGCCAUUGUGCCUGAAAUCAGUGUUAAAAAAAAAAUCAACCAGGUUGUCAUAACAAGGUAUUCUGUUCCUUCAAAGAGACUGUGUGCCUGUGUCUGAGGAACUUAUCCAUU